AUGAGCUUUCUCAGCAAAGGAGGGCUUGAGAGACACCGCAGAGUCCACAUGGGACAGAAGUCCUUUGAGUGCCACAACUGUGAGAAAAGCUUUUAUGACAAUGGGAGCCUGGUGAGGCACAAGAGGAGCCACAAGCAGGAUAGGCUGUACCCCUGCCUGGUGUGCAGGAAGCGCUUUAAUAUCAAGUCGAACUGCGCGAGGCACCUGAUCCUCCACAAAGAAGCCAAACCCUUCCAGUGCCUUGAGUGCAAGAAGCAAUUCAGCAGGAAUGGGCACUUCCUGAAACACGUGGGCAAGAAGCCACACGAGUGCCCUGUGUGCGGCAACACAUUCUGUGAGAGAGGAAAGAUGGUCAGGCAUCAGAAUCAGCACUCAGAUAACAUGAGAGAAAAGUUCUUAUGCCCAGAAUGCGGGAAGACUUUUAACAAGAAAUCCAACAUGCGGAGCCACCAGAAAAGCCACACGGCAGAGAGGCCUUUGAGUGCUAUGACUGUGGGGAAAAGUUCAAAAACAAGUGGGACCCUGGAACUCAUCGAAACAGCCACCGGGGAAAGAAGCUCCACAAAUGCUUCGAGUGUGGGAAGAAGUUUAGCACCAAAACAGUCCUGUAUCAACAUCACAGGAUUCACACUGGGGAGAAACCCUAUGCUUGCCCUGAGCGUGGUUUCAACCUCAAAAGAAACCAUGAUCGGCAUCAAAGAAUCCAUGUUGGAUAAGACAAGAUGGCCGUAG